AUGUCGCUUGAGGAGUCAACUGUUAUUCGGGUUGGUUCGAGGAAAAGUCAGCUUGCUCUUCUACAGACAGAUAUAAUCAUCAACCUUCUUCGAACUUACUAUCCAGAUUACAAAUUUGAGAUUGUAAAGAUCUCCACGACCGGUGAUAAAAUACUCGAUAAGGCUCUGUCAAAAAUUGGUGAUAAGAAUCUCUUCACCAAGGAACUUGAAGCAGCCUUAUUAAGCAAUGAAGUCGAUUUCGUUGUCCAUUCUCUCAAGGAUGUGCCAACUGUUAUGCCAGAGGGUCUCGUCAUAGGUUGUAUAAGCUCCAGAGUUUCUCCAUUUGAUGUAGUUUUAAUGAAUCCGGCGAAUCGCGGUAAAACUCUGAAGGAUCUCCCAUCGAAUUCAGUCAUUGGAACAAGUGCUCUUCGGAGAAUUGCCGUUCUCAAACGCAAAUUUCCAGAUCUCUGCUUUAAGUCUGUUCGUGGCAAUUUGAGUACACGUCUUCAGAAAUUGGACUCUUCUAUAGAGAAUGGUGCUAAUGAAAACGGUGCCACUCAGAAAUACAGUGCUCUAAUCUUGGCUGAAGCUGGUGUCGUGAGAGUCGGAUGGGAAUCUCGAAUUGAUGAGUACCUUGAUCGUGAUCGUUACGCUGUUGGGCAGGGGGCCCUUGCCUGCGAGUGUCGGUUGGGAGAUACUCGGAUACAGUCCCUUCUCUCCACAAUUCACAACGAGGCACCAGCGUUGGCUUGCAUUGCUGAACGGGCGUUUAUGUCUAGACUGGAAGGUGGCUGCAGCACUCCUAUCGCAGUGCGAACUUACCUCAAUCCUGGUGGCGUUGCUGGCAUUAAAGGCGACGACUCAGUAAAAGCUCGAACCAUAUCGCUAGAUGCGGCUGUGCUUUCGUUGGAUGGUACCAGAUGUGUUGAGGGCAAGAUGUCAACCGAUCUUCCCUUCUUCAUGCCCUGGGAUUGCCCAAAACGGGCACGAAGAGAUGAG